AUGGAACGUUGCAUCGCCUUCAUUGGUGACAACGCGGCAGACUGUGUGAAGACCAACGCCUUCCUCAAUCUACCUAAAGAGGCGCUCAUCAAACUCAUAUCGUCCGACUUCCUGUGCCUGGAGGAAGAGGAGGUGUGGCGGUGCGCUCUGGCGUGGGCGAAGCAACGCGCUGGAGUUACUCAGCCCACGGCGCACUGGACGGAGGAGGAGCGGGCUAGAGUUUGCCACCACCUGGCGCCCCUAAUGCAGCACGUGCGCCUCUUGCUAAUCGACAGCGCGGUGUUCGCCGAGGAAGUGGAGCCGACCGGCGCCGUGCCCAUGGAGCUCUCCCUGGAGCGCUAUAGGCGCGCCGCCCUGCACGCCGCGCCCCGCCCCGACCCGGACAAGCGCACGCAGCCCAGAUUAGCGGUAAAUAUGUUCGCAGGGUCAGUGAUCUUGCAGCAGGACAAGAGCGCCUUCCAAUCGCUCAUCAACAGCUGGUGCGGCACCCCGAAGCAGCCGUGGCGGCUGGUGUUCCGCGCCUCCACGCACGGCUUCUCGGCCCACGCCUUCCACAAGCACUGCGACGGGAUCGCGCCCGUGCUGGUGCUAGUGCAGCUGUCCCGCGGCGAGGUGGUGGGCGGGUUCUGCGAGGCGGGGUGGUGCGCGGGGGGCGCGGGGGGCUACGUGGCCGCCGAGCGCGCGCUGCUCUUCGCGCUCGCCGACCCGCCCGCGCGCUACCCCCUCGUCAAGAAGCCCUUCGCGCUCUGCUACCACCCCGACUGCGGGCCGAUCUUCGGCGCGGGCGCGGACCUGCUGGUGGCGAACAACUGCAACAGCAACAGCGACAGCUACAGCAACCUGCACUCGUACGGCGACGCGCCCGCCCCCGCGCCCGCCUCCCUCGCGCCAGACUACAACUUCACCGUGCGCGACUACGAGCUCUUCACCUGCGCACACCCC